AGGAUAAUAAACAUCCUUAUUAUGCAACGCUGAGGCAGCUAAAAGCAGUGUGUGCGAGUGUGUGUGUGUGUUAACCAUGUUGCAGUCGGAGUCUGUUGUCGUGAACAUUGCUGCUGCUGCCCAACAACGAUUAUGAAACACAAAAGUGGAUGCCACACGCACGGCAACGGGCCAGGCUGCAGGAUCAGGCAACAGCAGCAGGACGACAACAGGAGCAGCCACAGCCACAGCAACGACAGCAGCAGCAGCGACAAUUGCCAGGCGACGAACGCUGAUGUCGAUGGCCAAAUGUCGUGGCAGAUCUAUGCUGAACGAUGAGCCGCCCGAGGCAACGCAACAGCAACAACAGUUGCAACAACAACAGCAGCAGCAACAACAACAGCAGGUGCAACAACAACUAACACACUUGCAACCACAGCCACAACAACAACAACAACAGAACUAUUUACCUCAAACAUCUUUGCUGAAAAUCGAACCAUUCGUUCCUAGUUUUAAUCAACGACUCCAACGUCGUCGUCCUAUUGGACGCUCCCACAGCACCCUCAGCCACAAUGUCAUGCCUAAGCGUGGAGCUGGAGCUGGAACUCCCGGAGCAACUGCAGCACAGCCCGAGUUGCUGGUGGGUCAUGGACAGCUGAAGCGCAGCUAUGCAGCCGCCGCUCAGUUGCGCAAUCAGCAGCGAUUACAACGCGGCGCCGUCACGCGACAACGCUCCAAGUCCACCUCCUCCUCGGCGGCCUCCAACAACUGUCGUCCAGUCACAGCUGCAACAGCAGCAGCAGCAGCUGGCGGCUGCGGUGGCGGAGUUGGUGCUGUAACUGUCGCUGCCACGCCUACUACUCUUGUGGGCAGCACUGGCGGCACUUUGGUGAGCGGCGCAAUUGUCACGCCUCAGCCAAAUGGCAUCUGUCGCAUUCAGCGGCUGCUUAAGGAACGCGAAGAGCUUCCGGAUCGCAUCAACUACGACCGCAGGGGAUUGACUGCGAUUCCCAUCUUUGAGCAGGAGCCGAAUCUUAGGCUGUUGUCGCUGCAACACAAUUUGAUCAAUACGUUUCACAUACCCAAGGAGCUGCCACCGCCGCCGCCACCGCCUCCGCCGCCAGCGCCACAAGCAACGCCACGAGAAAAGACUACGCUGCGUGGCGCGCACUCGCGCCUCACACGCGCCCUGAGCAACGCAGGCAAUCCUCACCAGCAUCCCCAUCUGUCGCCCAACUCGGGCAGUCCGUGUUCCGGCAGUCCGUUGACCACCCAGGCGCUGGCCAUUAAUGGUGGGAAUCGCUCCAAGCUGCAGGCACAUAAACGUGGCUUCAACUAUGCCCAGGCGCAGCUGACGCCGCCGCCGGCUUUGCGUUUGCGUUUCGGACUGGAGAAGUCGAAGAGCUUCGUGUCGAACAGUCUGCAGGCGAUGAAGCAUCAACAGCAGCUGCUGCAGCGUCGACAGCUGCUCAAGGCGGCGGCCCAAGGAGCUGCUCAACAGCUGCAGAGCUGCGACGAGAGCAGCGUGCUCCACAGCAGCAAUCUAUCCCUGGUGGCAGCUGGCGAGGAAGAGGAACCCAGUCUGAUGAGCAACGGGCAGCAGCUGGAGCAGCUGAGCAUUAAGAACAAGCAACUCAGUUUAAGUGCCUGUUAUGGCAUCAUCUUUCAUCAGUUGGUCUUUCUCGAUCUCUAUGACAAUCAGAUCGAACGCAUUGCCAAUCUGGAUGGACUCCCGGUGCUCUCGGUGCUGCUGCUGGGCAAGAAUCGCAUUCAGGACAUUGCUGGAUUGGCUUCGUUGAGCGGUACUCUGCGUGUGCUCGAUCUGCAUGGGAAUAAGUUGACGAGUUUGGGGAAUCGCAUCAAUUGCCUGCAGCAGCUGAAGUCGUUGAAUCUGGCGGGGAAUCAAAUCCGUCAGAUUAAUCAACAGGAUUUUCACGGUUUGCGUUUGCUAAGGGAAUUGAAUUUGAAGCGCAACAAGCUGCGUCGCAUCAACGGGUUUCAGCAUCUGGUGGCGCUGGAGCGUCUUUGGUUGUGCCACAACGAGUUGCACAAAGUGGACGACAUGGCGAGCAUCGCUAGAGCUGCUCGCUUACUCGAGGUGACCAUCGAAAAUAAUCCCGUCUCGCUCGCCGGUGACUGCGUUUCAUUCCUAGUAUCGCAUUUGCCGCUGCUGCAGUCCCUGAGUCAAAUGCCCAUCACGGAGCAAGUGCGUCGUGCUGCUCUGGCUUGGCGGCAGCACAAGGAACAGGCAUUGGCCACGCACGGCAGCUCGGAUGCCUAUCACAGCAGCCGGAGGGAGGAAGUCAUCUCCAAUGCGCGCACCAACUGGGAACUGCUGCGUUCACAGCAAACCCUGGGCAGACCAAAGGCCAAGCUAACCAGCGAGCUGGCCAAGAUUAAUGAGUCCAAUGAAGCAGCUUUGCUGGAGGAGGAGGAAACUCCCAUCGUCGAGACACCCCUGGAGAAACCGCAGCCCAGAGACGAACUCGCUGAACUUCAGGCGCUUUUCCGUUUGCCUCCUAUAGUCAAAAAACCCGAAGGUGAGGACGAUGCCUCCUCGGAGGCUUCCAGCUUGGGACCAAAUGUGGACUCCUGCUCCAGCUGCUAUAGCAGCGACAACGAGAACGAGGAGCUAAGCAAGCGGAAGCUCGACGAGAAUUGCAACAAACUAACGACGCCGCCAAUUGCGCCGCCCGCAACUCCUCAACCUCCGGAACCACCCGCAGCUUCACCCUCGCCUCCUGCCUUGACUUUAACGCCGCCAGCACCUGUCACGCCCACGCCACCGCCCAGUACUGUAACUCUCCCGCUGCCCACGCCGAGCACGACGAACACACGUCCCGGAAGCAGCAGCAAGCAGCGACUGCGACAGACGCCCAUAACGCAGCUGGGAUUGCAGGUGAACCGCGGUGGCGGAGGAGGAACAAGCAGUAAGCGUUACAUGGCGGGGAGCCUGGUGCGUGCCCAGACCAUCAGCAGCAGCGGGACCAGCAACAGCAGCAGCUCCAACAGCGCAGGACGCGGACGCAGCAGCAACAACAACAACAACAAUGGGAACUCGAAUCAAUCCUCGGCUAAUGUGGUCUCUCUGGUGGCGCCGCAGAGCAAGUGCAGCAACGCUCAGCAGCCACAGCAAUCGGCGCAAGCAGCCACACCGCCAACGGCUGCGAUUACGGUGAGCAAACCCAGCGCAGCGGAACGAGAAAGGGAACAAGGAGGCGACUAUUUGAUCGAGAUUUGCGGACGCUAUCUCAACAUUUAUGGUCAGGGAGCGUUGCGUUUCAUUGACAAGCAAUGGAAUCCGGCGAAAGCAAACGAUGUGCAUACGCUCAACUUUAGCUACAUCAAUUUCAACAGCAUUGUGUGCAUGCUGGGCAGGAUUAAGGUGCGUUUCCCGCACGCCGAGCAUUUUGUGUUCCGCGAGACAAACAUCAGCACGUUGGGACAACUGAAUGCUCUGGCGGAGCUGCAGGGAUUGAGUUCGUUGUUGAUUGAUGCAGAGGGGAAUGCCAUCACUGGGAAGCCAGCUUGGCGUGCUUAUGCUAUCUAUCGGUUGUCCCACUGGGGACUGAAGCAGCUCAAUGGCCAGGAGAUUAGCGAGGCCGAAGUGGAGGCAGCGAAUUCAACAUACGCUGGCCUCUCGAAUCUCGUGCUGUGGUCAAUGCCCGAUGGCAUGUUGCAGCCGCUGUUGGCUCGACUCCGACUCGAUGAGACGUGCACCGCGAGCAAAUUGUCGCCCAAGGAUUGGUUGCUGCGUGCGGAGAACAAAUCGUUGCGUCUGGUUGUCGGUAAAGAGGCACUCCAGUGGAAGAAGGCGCAGAGCAACACGGUGGCCAUGGUGGAGAGUAAUGCGGGAGGCGUCACCGCAAUGGCUCCGAGUGCAAGGGAUCGGGGCAGACAGCAUUUUGCUUUGCUGCUGGAGAACACAUGCAAUGCCGUGGAGAAGUUGCACAAACUGGAGACGUUGUGGCCGAGCAUGUUGUUGGAUAUUGUGAGGAAUACGUUGCUCGACUAUGCUCAGCUGGAUGUGUAUUUGCGCAAUCUGAUGGCGGAGCUGAUGAAGUGAUGGAGAAGACGAAGAGUGUUUCUUAGACUUAAGCUCGCUUUUAGUGAAGAGAAUUUUCGCCUGCCUGCACUCACUUAUGAUGAUCCUUAGGCAUUUAACCGCGAGAGUCCAAUCCGUUGGUCCAACAAACAAUCUUGUAAAGCAAAAUACAGGCAUCAAG